GGGGAAAAAUACCGGAAGUGAGUAUGUGGCGUUCUUUCUACCGACGGAAGAGGGGCAGCGAUGUUCUUGCAAAUGCCGGAAGUGGGACUAUGAGGUACAUUGUUGGCGCCGGAAGUGUGCACGUUGGUUUCACGUACUUGGUCUCACGUGUCGCCGGCUUGGUCGGUGCUUGUCAGUGUGGCUGUGUAGCGGUGAGGAGACCGGCGGAGCACAGCACACAGGGUUCUUUGACCUAUCCUAAACGGUGCUGGCAUGUCACAUGUGAUAUGACAAAAAUAAGUCAAUGGGUGACCACAAUGGCUUCAGAGACUCCAGGAUCUACAGUGUCAUUGGUUGGACAAGGGUCAUUUUUAGAUAAACCUUCACUCCACAUGGUGGGGUACAUGGGAAAAAACACUAAUGCCUUUAAAACUCCUCCUGAUGGAUGUUGCCCAGUGUGCAAGUCCAAGGGCCAGUCGCAAGCUCUGCAGACAUACCGCAUCAAUUUUACGGAGUCAAUAUUCCUCUGCUCUAAUCAACAGUGCAUUUUUCCAUUGGGAUACACUCCCUUGGAUAACAUAAUUGUAAACACUGUGGACUUAAAGAAGAGCUCUAGCCCCAGCAAGACAAAAAAGCGAAAUAUCUCUGAACUGUCACCAACUCCCCACCCUAGUGAGAAGAGAACGAAAAUUGAUUUGCCCAUCCUUUGGGAAUGUCUUCCAAGAAAUGGUUUUUCAUCUGCUCAGUGUGACCAGGGGAAUAUUGUGCCGGUUUUGCCUACACUGGCAUGUGAUGUUAGCCCCAUCAAAACUUCACAGCAUUAUCCGGCUAAUGACAGAAAGAUUCAGGUUGAAAAUGUGUCGGAGGCAGCAAAUUCAUUCAGCAGUUUCCCUUCUGGUCUGUGUGAGGAUCCUACCUCUCCAUCUGUACCGAUGGGGUUACGCAAUGGGAAAGUGUGUGACCAGUCUGAAUCCCCGCUUGCAGAUCAGGAUAUGCUUCAAGAACGGGUCUUGCCGAAUGAAGUGGUGGAAAUGGACAUGUUAGAUAAUGGUUUUCUCUAUCAUUGUGAGAAGCCAGAAACAGAGGCUCUAGAGAAGUUAUCAGAAACUGGCCGUACAUUGCGCAGCGAGUGCAAAGAGCAGGAAACCUUAAAACUAAAUUCUGAAAUUGUAAACACAGAGCAUUCAAAUGGAGAUCCAGGUGUACUGAAAUAUCCUGCAUUCACUCCAGAUCAUGUGCUAUCUAUUAAAGCUACCACCCAACCACCUUUGUUGCAAUGUCACCUGCUACCAUCCCAAGUGAAGGAAAAUUCCCCCAAGAUGGUGUCCAGUCCAGCAUUCAGCAUUGUUGAUGUUGGGCCAGAUCUUGGAAAUGAUUCAGUCUUGGAAUCUGGAUUACCACUGUCCUGUGCAGUCGUCCAGGACAGUCUGUGUGAAAAAGUGGAGGGAUGUUUGUUACAGGACAACCGGCCUAGGCAGCAAGCGGAAGACAUUAGAGCUGUGGUAAAUGUUGGCUGUGCAGAGGAUCCUCAGGACACCUUAACAACAAUAUGUGAGAUUACAGCCUCUCCUGGUGUACAGGAAUCCAAUGGAAACAUCUUGCCGAAUUUAUAUUCACCGCCAAUUGCUUUAGUAGGUGCUGUAGAUGAGAACCAUGUAGACACAGCUGUCUCGCCAUUAAAACACGGGUUAUCAAAACACGAUGGUUGUGAAAUAGCUCUACCUACUAAGUCUUUGCAAGAUAUGCAGCAGGUGUUCCCUGCAGAAGAUGGUUCUUUGGAUGUUUAUGAGCUCACUUGCACCAAUGCUGCUGUUGCGCAAGACAGUGCUGUAGAACGAACAGCGGCAUCUUGGAAAGUCUGUCACUUGUCACAACAGAAACAUUUAGUGGAGGGCAAAGAGAGAAGUCAGUGUGGAACAGACACUCCAUCCCAGUUAUUGGAACAUCAUCGACCGCUCCAGAGCUUGUCCAAAGAAGAGUCAUUGUUGUGUGCGAGCGAUGCUUCUCGUACUAGAGAUUCUAUCAGAAAAUAUAGCGGUAAUGUAAGUGUGGCACACGCAGCACUGCCAGGUUCUAGUUUUGCAGGAGAACAAAUGGUACAGGACUGUCAGACAAGUAGUAAUGAAACACCUAAUUCUGUGCAGGACCUUUUGCUCGACUUCCAGUCAGAAGAGAAGUCCUUAAGGGAUCUGUGUAACAGCCCAGUGACUGCUGUAAAUGACCAGCCCAGUGUGGACUCUGCAGCAGAGUCAUUACAGAAAAAUCGGAUGUCUGGACUACUAGAUUUGGUCUAUGGUUGUCAGUCAAAUAACAUUACCAAACCACCUGACUCCUUAGAGGAACUUCAGCCAGUGUGCCACUUGGACACUAGUUCCUUAUUGUGUGUUUGUGAUACUCCUUGCACUGCAGCAGCUGUUGUGAAAGAUGGAAUUAAUGUAGGCCCAGAUGUUGCAUCAUUAUUAGUCCAUUCUUUGCCAGAUCUACAAAACUUAACGCAUGACUGUCCAAAAACUCAUUGUGUAAUCAGUACUCCAUCUCUAGGCAUCCAGACGGCACCUCAUAUGUAUGACCAUUCCACGCUUGACGUAAAUGGUUCCUCAUGUGACAUAACUGCCGAUCUGGAUAAUUGUGAUAAUGCGGAUACUACAUCAGGACCCCAGGGGCCAGAUAAUCAUUUCUUGAACAGUCUGAUGGAUAGUUGUGAAACUACCGUUAUGCCGGAGUCACAAAUAAACAGUGUAUUAGACAAAGAGAUCCGUUCUUCAUGCGAUACAGGUGUUCCUAUGGAAGACGAUGGCACUGUAAGACCACCUAUAUCAGACUUUGGUGUGUCCAUGUGCAAGCUGGGUACUAAGAAGACUUUUUAUGAAAACACAGUCUUACCUGACUUGUUACUAGACAUUCAGCCUGAGCACCGGAUGGAAGAACCCUUAGUAGCAACAGCCCCUAGUCCUGCAUGCCGUGUUCUGGUUUCCCCGACUCCUCUUUCAGAUGCAGAACCAAUAGCACGUGGUGAUUUGCUGCAGGAUAAAUCAAAGCUGAAUGACUCGACUGAAAUAUCCAGAGCAGUAACCAAUUACAAUGGCCUUCAUGACGUCAGCACUUUGUCAGAAACGCUUUCUUUGAAAACUUCAUUAAACACUGACAGUUUAUCACAAGGUGAGUCCAUGGAUGCAACAAGUGUGGAAUCGAAACAGGCUCCAAAGACACCUGGAGGUAGAACCUUCAAAAAUACCCAGAGAUGUCUGCAGUGGAGGAACAAACAUUCUCUAUGCUGGUUAGAUUGCAUUCUGUCAGCCCUGGUCCAGUCUGAUUUGCUGAGCAAUUUUGUGGCUAAGGGUGAUAAGGCAUUAAUCAUUCACUAUCUUUUUGAGAGAUACGAGGAAGCCAGCUCCAUGCUAACGCAAAGUACCAAGAAAGUAAAACCAAGAGGGACAAGUACGUUUGAGAAAAGCCUGAAUGAAGUGCGAAUGUACGUCUUUGACAAGCUGAAGCCAUUUCUGAAGUGUGAAUUAGGACAGAAAGAGAGCCCGGUCUUUGCCUUUCCAUUACUACUGAAACAGGACCCAGAGGUUGAAAAACUUUUUGUGCACAAUUACACGUGGAACUUUAAAUGCGAGCUCUGUGGAUAUAGUUACCAAGAUAGCUGCCAGAAAACAUUGACCACUUUCACAAAGGUGGUCCCAGGAUGGCGGCCACUGAAUGCGCUGCACACCGCUCCAUGCAACAAGUGUCACGACGCAAAUCAAAAACGGUCAAUGGAUUUGGAAAAGCUGCAUUCUGUGUUUAUGGUUCACUUUGUGGAGGGUUUGCCAACCAAUGACCUGGAGGAGUAUUCAUUUCAAUUUAAAGGCCACUUGUAUGAAAUAAGUACAGUAAUUCGCUAUCGGUACGACCAUUUUUCCACGUGGAUAGCUAAUGACGAUGGUACGUGGCUGGAGUCGGAUGAUCUAAAAGGCUUAUUUUGCAGAAGGCACCAAAAAUUCAGAGUGCGAGCUGAGGACAUUCAUGUGGUCAUGUGGGAGAGGCGUAACGCAAGGAUGCCUGGAGAAGAGGAUACACAGCUCGGUGCAGCAGGACAUGAAAAUCCUGAGCUUAAUGCAGCAAAUCACUCCACAUCGCUUCAAGAUCACAACCUUGAUCUGGCUGCUUCUACGAACACCCCCACACACGUUGUUCUUGCAGCUGGGUCUGGCGACCGAAACAACUCAAACCCUCUCGCUGGAAUGGAAGGAUAUGCUGAUGAUGACAUCAUAACCCUGACUCUUGUAGAAAUCCCGCUUGAUGCUAUGGGCAAGCCUAUAGUUGAUACUUGUGCAGCUGAAUUGGAUGCAAGUCAAGUAGUCUCUCCCCAAGCUACUCCACUCAAAGUGCCCAGUGAUCCCUUACCGCUGCCUCAUCCCAAAGACCAGAGUCCUGGUACGUAUUUAUCACCCAUCUGUACCAGUCCUACAGCUAAGACCGUUUCUCCUAUGGAUUGUAAAGUUCUUAAGAGUCCUGUUGGACAAAACAACAUGACAAAACCGGCAUUUAACAUGCAGGCUACAGCCAUAGCAACUAGCACCCCUGCUCCGCAGCUCUAUAGCACAAAGAAAAGCGCAGUUGGCAGCUGGAUGAUGAGUUUGAUUAGUAAAGAUCAUUCUCUUCUGAAUUCCAGUCUUUGUGGUACAAAUAAAAGGAAACCCUCAAUAAAACCUUGUCCCCCCCUGAAAGUAACCGAAAUAAAUGGUAUUCCCAAGAAAGCUCAGAACUUUGAUGGCUUCCAAACAAAACGUGUAAAUAAAACUGCUGGUUCAAUGGGGUCCACUGUAUUCCAAUCCACUGCAAAUCCGUUGUCUUUGAGCACGCCUAAAAAAAAGACCACACCACCUGAUACAACCUUUUUAACGCCCGCUGCUCCUGGCCUUUUGAAACAUGGAAGCAAUGGGUUAAAUCACAGCAAAUUGAUGAAGGAUGGGAGCUCAUCCAGUGAGGAUAAGAUCCGGAAACUUAGACUGAAGCUACUGAAGAAGCUGAAAGCCAAGAAAAAUGAACUGGCCACUCUAGAAAGGAUGGCGAAAAUACAGCAGAGCCAGCCCUGUAGUGAUCAGUCUGACGCCAUCGCUCAAGGCAGGUUAAAUCGGCGAGAGCACCUGCGUGGAUUUUUGCAGGAGCUGCAGGAUCAGAUCGACAAUGCUGACAAUGAAUCCGUUUGCACCAUGAGUUCCACCACCUCUAUAUGCAGCAGUCCUGGAGAUGCAGAGUUCUUUGCAGAACUUUUCUCACCACCGCCGAUGGACAACCCAGCAAAUGACAGCCAGUAUCUGGAGAUGCUGGCUGAUGGUUAUGGAUUAUCGACUGACCAGUCACAACAGGCAAAUGGCCACAACCUCCCCAUGGACAGUAGUUUCUCCCAGCAAUCUACCUCCGGAAGUAAUUCCUGCCUCAAAACCGGCACACCUGACCGUUCUGUUGGAGAAGAGUCUCUCAAUUUCAUGUCCUCUUCUACUUUAGCAAUGCUGAACGAGGACACUGAAUACUUCCCCCCUUUUGAUUACAUUUUCUAAAAUAUUGGAAGUAUUUUUUAUUGGAAGCAAGUGAUGCUUAUCCUUCCAAUGUAAAACUUGGACGCUGCUGUUUUCUUGCUUCAUACCAAUUGGUACUGGUCAUGUCACAUCGUGCCUCCUGCCCCAUGAUGUUGCAAUGUUCUAUUUUCUGCAUUAUCAGCUCAGUCCACGCAAUGACUAUAUCAUAGUCCGUGUAUUCACAAUACCAGGGUUCUGCAACGUGUGGCCUUCCAGCUGCUGGGGAAUUAGACAUCCCAGCAUGCCCUGCCAUAGUUGUGCUAUUAGGGCAUGCUAAAGUAGUGGCAGGGUAUGCUGGGAUGUGUAGUUCCACAGCAGCUAGAGGGCCGCAUGUAUACCCUUGCUUUAUACCAUCCAUGUGUAUGAUGUGGACAGAAUUUGCUCACGUUUUGCUUUUCAGUUUGCUGCACGGGUUAGUUCUAAAAUGUUUCUUCAGUCAACAGCAAUAUUUAUUUAAUGCACUUAAUAUAUGUAUUUUGUCAGGGAAUGCAUUACCAGAUCCGAGCAGGGACACACAGAUGGUGUCCACGUAGUGCAAGCACAUGCGGCAGUGUGCAUGCAUCUGCUGUCCUUUUGUUUGUCCUUAAAGGAACCUUUUUAAUCUUCUCUUUUUUUUUUUUUUUCUUUCGUAAGGGUGAUAAUGCGUUGCUAAACUACAGUGUGUAUGUGAAAUAUUCUAGCAUAAAGAUUUUUUUACAAGACUUUAAAAAAAAAAUGAAGUGCGUUUAAGUUGAAAGCGAAGCCCGCAGUGUUUGAGGUGGAAUUGUCACGUACGAUCAUUGGGUUGGUGGUGGGCGGUUGAGGUAACCACUUGUGAACUGGACUAAUUUUCAUGAGCAUGUGGUCUGUGGAUUAUUAGUCAUUUUAUCGUUUGCGUCGCUGGGUCUAGUAAAGUGAUAGGUUGCAUACUGGUUCCGUCCACAAAAUGGAUCCUACCCCUGUUUGAAAAGUAAGAGGCUCAUUGACUCGUACCUGUCUAUUCCCCUCUAAUUAAGGUUUGGUUUGUACAUUUCCUGACUUGACUUGAAAUUUUUACUUUUUUUUUUUUUUUUAAUAUAUAUAUAUGUAUAUUUUCCAUGUUUUUGUUAAAUAGCAAAGGUCUGCUAUAUUAAAAUGUAUAAAGGUAUUAUAAACUGCUUGUUGUG